CGCUGUCAGGGGGCUGGGUCUAGCCUAAAACAGAUUUGUAGCGUAGUUGAGAAAAAAGUGUAACGGGUUUUUCGGGAGAACGACAGGCAGCUGCAUCCCUCAUUCCCACCUGAAGAACUCCGAGGCCCCGCUUUCUCAUUUCACCGGCGGUGAGUUCAGGUGUGUCGCGAUCUGAAGCAGCCAACCGAGUGUUUGAAGAUCGACUGAUACCUGAGACCACGAACACCGGAACCUGUCCAGCAGUGAGAGGGCAGACGCUGAAGGAGAAGAAAAGACUGGGCCACCGGGACAGAUCGGGACUUGUAGAGGAGGCAGGAGUUUAUAAGGUUCUUUUGUGCAGUCAACUGUGUUAGCUGACAUCAGUGAAAAUGCUGGAGACGGUGAAAGACAGAAUAAUGGAGGUCUAUGACAGCCUUUUAGCAGGAAGAGACCCACGGUUGAAGGGUUAUCUUCUCAUGGAGAGUCCAUUCAGCAUGUCUGCUAUUCUGCUCGCUUAUCUUAUCUUCGCACUGUACGCCGGCCCGAAGUUUAUGGCCAACCGGAAACCCUUCCAGUUGAAAGAAGCCAUGAUCAUUUACAACCUGUCCUUGGUGGGCUUGUCUGCAUAUAUCGUUUAUGAGUUCUUGAUGUCCGGGUGGGCCACCGGAUACACGUGGAGAUGUGACCCAUGUGACUAUUCUGACAGCCCUCAAGCACUCAGAAUGGCAAGAGUGGCCUGGUUAUUCCUCUUCUCAAAGUUCAUUGAGCUUAUGGACACGGUGUUUUUUGUGCUGCGGAAGAAACACAGUCAGAUCACCUUCCUGCACAUCUUCCAUCAUUCCUUCAUGCCGUGGACGUGGUGGUGGGGUGUGAGCUAUGCUCCAGGUGGAAUGGGCUCUUUCCAUGCAAUGAUCAACUCUUGUGUCCAUGUGAUCAUGUACUCCUACUAUGGCCUUUCUGCUGCUGGACCUCGCUUCCAAAAGUUCCUCUGGUGGAAGAAAUACAUGACUGCCAUCCAGCUGACUCAGUUUGUCCUGGUGUCUCUUCAUGUAACCCAGUGGUACUUUAUGAAGACCUGCGACUACCAGGUGCCUCUGUUCAUCCACCUCAUCUGGAUGUACGGGACCUUCUUCUUCGUCCUCUUCUCUAAUUUCUGGUACCAGGCGUACGUCAAGGGCAGGAGGCUACCAAAGAACUCCAGCCAGGCCCACAACGGUAAGGCUAACGGAAACGCCCGUGUGUCCAACGGCACAUCCGUGUUGUCGAACGGCAGCGGCAGGCAUGAGAACGGCGUCAGCAAUGGAAAGAAGCACCAAGAGAAUGGAAACACUCUCAACAGCAAGAUGAAGAAAGCCUGAGAUCUCAGGAGAAGACCCAAAACGGAUGACCAGGAGAACCUGCACUAAGCACUGUGGAGUCCGAAGAGUGUUUUGGGACUUUUCGUUUUCAAAUCUUGUAUUAUUAUUUUUUGCUAGUUUUAAUAUGUACGUUUAUUAAGUACAUGGGGAGAUGAAUGAGUUUGAUCCCUGUUUGUAUAUUGUUUUGUCCUAAGUUAAUCUAAAAGAAUUAAUAAUUGAGCACAAUGUAUGAAGAGAAGAGGAAUGGUGGCGACUGGAUGUUCAUAUCCUCGGCUGAUGUUGCUCAUGUUAGUCAUCUUAACAUAGGCACACAGUUAAACACGAAUACACAACAUUGUCUUUCAUUCUCUCCCCCGAUAGCAGACACUGUACAGUCCACAUCUGUAAACCUGAAGUACAUCUGUAAAUAGUUUUCCCAACUAAUGGGAUAGAUUUGGUAAAAAAUGGUUAGUCUUUCAGAAAAUCUUCAAUUAAAAACAGAAAAUCAAUUCA